AUGCAAUUAAUUUAUAAUUUCAUUGAAGGCAGCUGUACUCGGCAUGCAGUGUUGGAAAAAAUUGCUAACUUAACAAACACAAAGUUAAAAACUUUAAAAUCAAUUUCUACCACAAGGUGGGCUUGCCGCUCAGAAGCUAUUAGUGCAGUAAAAGAAAAUUAUUCGUCAAUAUUAGCAGCAAUUGAAGAAAUUAUUGAUAAUACAAAACAAUCAGAUGUUCGAGCAAAAGGCAAGGGAAUUCUCCAUCAUAUGAAAACAUUUGAAUUUGUCUUUGCCAUGUUGAUGUUAGAUCCUAUUCUUUCUUCAAUAUUAAAAACAAGUGUUUUUUUACAGUCACCCAACAUAAACUUAUUAACUGCUGUAGAAAUCGUUGAGUCAUUAAAAAAAUUACUUGUUUCUAUGAGAAAUACUGAAGACGAUUUCACAGAUAUUUAUCAUAAAACCAUUCAAAUGUGUAAAAAUUAUGAUAUUGAAAUUCCACAACUGAAAAAAAGAAAAGUGUCAACCAAAAUUGACUGCUUGAGUAGUACACAGCACUAUAUGUCUUCAAAAGAAGAAGAAAUGAAGGUUUCUGUAUACUAUUCAACAUUGGACCAUAUUGAUUAG